AUGGAUCGGAUACGGCAGAUAUUCGAGCGCGAGAACUCGUCAGCAUCGUAUGAACCGCUAGAAGGCGGCUCUGAGCGGCCAGAUGGCGAGCACAUCGAGGCAGAGGAUCAGGCAUUCUCGUGGACCGACUAUGCCGUCUUCACGCUGCUGGGCGUUUCCAUGCUAUGGGCUUGGAACAUGUUCUUAGCAGCAGCCCCGUACUUUCAGCGACGCUUCGAAUCCAACGAUAACCUCCUCCGCAACUUCCAGUCUUCCAUUCUAUGUGUCUCCACGGUAGGCAACCUAGGCUCCAUGAUAGUCUUGACCAAGCUCCAGGCUCGUGCCAACUAUCCCAAACGUAUCGUCGCAUCCCUCGCCUUGAACGCUGUUGUCUUCACAUUGCUCGCUAUAUCCACAAAAUUCUUCUUGAACAUAUCUGUCGGUGUCUACUUCGCCUUCCUCAUGGUCAUGGUGUUGAGCGCUAGCCUGGCUACAGGCCUGUGUCAGAACGGCGUCUUCGCAUAUGUAUCCGGCUUUGGAAGAGAGGAGUAUACGCAAGGCAUCAUGUCUGGUCAGGGCAUUGCUGGUGUCCUACCUUCCAUCACUCAAAUCGUAUCCGUCCUGUCCGUGCCGAGGAAGCAGCAUACCGACGGAGCACCGCAAGAGUCGAGCACGUCUGCCUUUAUCUACUUCUUGACUGCCACUGCUGUUUCUGCCGCAACGUUGGUCGCUUUCUUCUACCUCCUCUCCAGGGCUAGCUCCAAGCAGCGUAUGUCGCACGCCUCAUACGAUGAAGGACCAGAAUACGACCCGGCUCACAGCGAGCGUAAGAGCAUACCGCUGACGAGAAUGCUGAAGAAGCUCUUCUGGCUCGCGGGCGCCGUCUUCCUCACUUUCACAAUCACCAUGUUCUUCCCAGUUUUCACCCCUCAAGUACUAAGCGUACGCGAUCCAUCAACCGCACCUCGCCUUUUCCAGCCAGCAGCGUUUAUACCUUUGGGUUUCUUUUUCUGGAAUCUUGGUGACCUCAUGGGCCGCGUGGGACCUGCUCUACCUGCCCUACGUCUUACACAUCGCCCACGCCUCUUGUUCUUCUUGUCCAUUGCGCGAGUCUUCUUCAUACCCUUGUACUUCCUUUGCAAUAUUGGUGGGAAAGGCGCUGCCGUUGAAUCCGAUUUCUUUUACCUCUUCAUUGUACAACUGCUCUUUGGCAUUACAAAUGGUUACUUGGGCAGCAACUGCAUGAUGGGUUUUGCCGAGUGGGUUGAACCGGAAGAACUCGAGGCAGCAGGAAGCUUCAUGUCGUUGUCUCUAGUUGGCGGUCUCACCACAGGAAGUUUUUUGAGCUUCUUUGCUGCACAGUCCUCAUGA